GAGAAAGCAAACUCUGCAGACACAGGCACACGCAACGCUGCAGGCGACUGAAGAAAACUCCUCAAUUCAUCCGGAGAAAGCAACUUUUGGGAAUUGUUUCUGAAUUCACCUUCUGAGGUAGCGAAGGAAAGCUUAUUUAAAAGGAAUAAGAAGCUAGAGACCAAACGAGACUACUUAAAGCACUUGUGAUUUCAAACAGAGGCAAACCACAGCGGUUCACUUAAAUGCAUGCUCCCAAAGAAUGUCUUCACUCGCUAUUUAAAAAAAGGAUUCUUUCAGCCAGCCGGUCCUGGAUCCCUGGAAGAAAAGAACGCUUUCCUCUUGAGGAAACAGACUACAGCUUUACAGCCAAAUUUCAUGUUUCUUCCGGAGAUUUCCAAAGGAAAGGAAAUACUUAUGAAGCCUUCCAAGGACCCAAAACAUUUGCAAAUAAAUUAAAGGUUAUUAAAGUGAUCAUCAUCUGAAUACGAAAAGAAGGAAAAGGAGGCUGCUGCAGCUAGGAUUUCUACAUUGUAAAUCUAAAGCACCUUUAUAAUGGUAAGCACUAACAGUUCCAACUGUUCCUACGACGACUCCUUUAAGUAUACUUUGUACGGGUGCAUGUUCAGCAUGGUGUUUGUGCUGGGGUUAAUCUCGAACUGUGUGGCCAUGUACGUUUUCUUAUGCACACUCAAAAUGCGAAACGAAACGACUACAUAUAUGAUUAAUCUGGCGCUGUCGGAUUUGCUUUUCGUAUUUACCUUGCCCUUCCGGAUUUUUUACUUUGCGACCCGAAACUGGCCAUUUGGAGAUGUACUUUGCAAGAUUUCAGUCAUGCUAUUUUAUACAAAUAUGUAUGGAAGCAUUCUGUUCUUAACAUGUAUCAGUGUAGAUCGGUUUUUGGCUAUUCUUUACCCAUUUCGAUCCAAAACUCUCCGAACCAAGAAAAAUGCAAAAAUUGUUUGUUUUUCCGUGUGGCUGACUGUGAUAGGUGGCAGUGCACCAGCAGUCUUUUUUCAGUCUACCAACUCUCAGGGCAAAAACUCGACUGAAGAAGCAUGCUUUGAAAAUUUUUCGGAAGCCACGUGGAAAACCUAUCUCUCUAGGAUUGUAAUUUUCAUCGAAACAGUGGGAUUUUUUAUUCCAUUAAUCUUAAAUGUGACCUGUUCCAGUAUGGUGUUAAAGACUUUAAAUAAGCCAGUUACUCUAAGUAGAAGCAAACUAAACAAAACUAAAGUCCUGAAGAUGAUUUUUGUUCAUUUGAUCAUAUUUUGUUUCUGUUUUGUACCAUAUAACAUCAACUUGAUACUAUAUUCUCUUAUGAGAACACAAACAUUUGUUAACUGCUCAGUGGUGGCUGCAGUCAGGACUAUGUAUCCAAUCACUCUCUGUAUUGCAGUUUCAAACUGUUGCUUUGACCCUAUAAUUUACUACUUUACAUCGGACACUAUUCAAAAUUCAAUAAAAAUGAAGAACUGGACUUCCAGGAAGAGUGAGUCCAGAUUCUCUGAAAUUCAAGGAACAGAGAAUUUUAUCCAGCACAAUCUGCAGACUUUCAAAAGUAAAAUAUUUGAUAAUGAAUCUACAAUAUAAAAUACAUGAAUUUACAAACUACUGGGACUUAACUGACUAGCACUGCAACUGUGAAAAGUGUUUUCUUGUAUAAACUAUUUCUCCGUUUCACAGAGACAUUUAAAACAUGAACAGUGCUUUAAAUAUCUAAAGUUCUUAGCGUUUAAAAAGAAACCUACAGAAAAAUAUGCAUUGAGUAUUAAAAAUAUAUUCUGUUCUGGGUAUCUUCAUAUUUGAUUAAUCUGCUUUUCUAAAUUAUCUUGGUUGCAGGACCUCCUCUUACAGUUAAAAUAUUCUUAAGGAAGCUGUUAUUGUUAGCUCACACAAUAGAUGUAUCAAAGUCCAAAGGGGUUUUAUGAUUUAACAAAUUGUAAGUGCUGGCCAUCUGACCUAAUUAUCUUAGCCCAGUGUCACAUAACCUCCCACUAUAAUACUACAACUAAUGAUGUAAGAACAUAAGAGAUUGAGGUCUGAAAAGUAAUGGCAAAAAAGCAGUAUUAAUAAAGAUACUAGAUUUCAGUUUGGAAUUAGAAUCGAUAAUACAGUUCCUUUAGGUAUCUGUUUAGUUUUUCUUCAAAAAACAAUUCAAAAGAACUGAUUCUUUUGUGAAAUGAUUUUUAAAGGUUUUUAUAUUUCUAACCAAAAUUUAUUCUCUAGUAGCAAGAAGAUAAGCAAACCUUGUUUAAGGUUUAACCUCAUUUAGGAUUGUAGAAACUAAACAACGAAAUCAAGUAGUAUGGUUUUGUCUUCAUUUCAUAUAUUAAAAAGUGCUAUGUGGUUUUAAAGUAUUCGCAGCCAAAUUACACAUUUUUUAAUUUGAUGAUAAAUAACAAGGUUCAAACUUUCUUAUGGGAAAAAAUACAUAUUGAGAAUAACCACCACAAAAUUUGGGUGGAAGGAAGCAUAAAAAAUAUUUCUUUACAAACUAAAAUCUUUGUAAAAUUCUUUGGUUAGUACCACAGUUUGUAUUUUAAGUAUUUCAUACAAGAGAAAAUUACUAAGACUCAUGGAAGAUUGCUUAAGAUCCUGUUACAAAGAACAUUUGAAAAUAUUAAGAGACUUUCUAAAAAUCUGAAAUCUUAUGGAUUUGGAAGUAUAUUGAGUACCUAACUCAGGGGCCACUGUGAAAUAAAUGAGGCUAAUGAAGUACAGUAUAAGUUCAACUUUUUAAAAUAAAGCCAACAAAACAAAGCACUACUGAACAGAUAUAUAGAUUUUCAUUUCACUGAAUAAAAGAAACAAAGUACAGGAUUUAGUCUUAACUUGAAAACAAACAAUCUCUGUAGCAAAAGCUUUUCUAAAACUUUGUUACUCUUCCCAGUUUUGUUCUGUGCAUGUUGAAACAAAACUUCAAGCAAAUCACCUACUUUUCGGUAACUAAAAAAAUGUUAGCUUCCUGUUACAGAGAGCCACAUGCAAUAUAAUGCCCUUUUUUAUCAAGUUCAGCUUUCAAAGCAUUUUAUCUUUUAUUGCAUUACUGGAUCUAAGUUUACCACACAGGAAACGUUUUUAAAUUUAUGUUUGAUCUAAUUGCUUAUUAGUCUGGCUUCCCUGAGUGUAUUCGAUAACAAUAACAAACAUCUGCCAGACAAGCAGCCUAGUGAGAGAGAUGAAAAUACUGUAUUUUCCUAUAUUCAUGUGGCUAUACUACAUUGGGUAACAUGUUAAUCAUUUCCUUAGUGUACAAAUCAUGACUCUUAUUUCAUAAGGGGGAAAUGAUGAUAAGGAACUGAAGAAAACUUCAAAGGGAUGAACAAAGAUAUUUAAAUAAAGUAUUUUCCCCAAACACUUUACAACAUGGUGCUGUGGAAAUAGCCCGAGACUUAGAGUUAGAAGAUCUAAAUUCAGAUCUCUGUUCUAUUAUCUGCAUGUCAUCACAUAAAAUAUUUAACUUUUCUAGGGCUCAGUGUCCUCAUCUGCAAAGUAAGGGAAUUGGAUUUGAUGACUCUAAUUUAUAUUUGAAAGAUUCUUUUCAAUGAUAAAUCUAUGAUCCUAUGUUUAUGCAAAUUUAUGGUCAUUUUUUGGGUUUUGUUUUUUGAAGGUAAAUCUGGUUCUUUACCUAUAAGGUGUUAUUACUGCACUUAAAACGUGUUUCUAGCCUAAAAUAAAAUGAACUACAUUGGUAAACAGUUGAUUCCUCCUUCAUAUGAGAUCUUCAGGGAAAGACUAGAUAAGAUUUGUCAGCUGUGUAGUAGUGAGGAUUCUUUUUUCAAGUAUGAGUUCAACUAGAUAACCAAUAAGGUCAACUCUAGAAUCUACUCUUAGAAUAGUGUGACCAAGAUUGCUGAAAGCCAUAUUUCAGGAAAACAAAAUUAGAAAACAUAAAUAUACCU